AUAAAGUUGCUCAGUCAUCCAACUUGCUCAGCACUCUUCUCGUCUCUGGCAGUUUAAAAAAUUGUAGUUUUUUUUCAGAAAUAUUGCCAACAGAUUAGUUGUUUUACGAACGUCCCCACCCAUCAAGUGGAAAAGGAGGAAUAUUUUGGAAAAAGUUGGAUAAUAAAUCCUUGACAAAGUUUUGGGUUGAUUGUGUGUGACACGUUGACUUGACAGGUGUCAUUUCUUCGACCGGCUGUCAAAAUUAGGCGACGAGUGGGUCGAAAUGUUGACCAAGUUUGAGAGCAAGUCGGCCCGUGUCAAGGGUCUCUCAUUCCAUCCGAAGAGACCUUGGAUUUUGGCGAGCUUGCACAAUGGCGUGGUCCAGCUGUGGGAUUAUAGGAUGUGUACUUUGUUGGACAAGUUUGACGAGCAUGACGGUCCUGUGAGAGGGAUUUGCUUUCAUAGCCAGCAACCCAUUUUUGUUUCGGGUGGGGAUGAUUACAAAAUUAAGGUUUGGAACUACAAGCAGCGUCGAUGUCUAUUCACCCUGCUGGGUCAUCUGGAUUACAUUCGAUCCACCUUCUUCCACAACAAGUACCCUUGGAUCCUGAGUGCGUCGGAUGAUCAAACUAUUCGAAUAUGGAAUUGGCAGAGCCGAAACUGUAUUUGCAUUCUGACUGGGCACAAUCAUUACGUGAUGUCUGCUCAAUUUCACCUCUCGGAAGAUCUGGUCGUUUCUGCAUCUCUGGAUCAGACUGUGCGAGUUUGGGACAUUUCUGGGUUGCGCAAGAAGCAUUCUGCUCCCAGCUCGGCGAGUAGUAUGGAUGAUCACAUGCGACAUCCCGGAAGUGCUGAUUUGUUUGGUCAGGCGGACGCAGUUGUUCGUCAUGUUUUAGAGGGGCAUGAUCGAGGUGUGAAUUGGGCAUAUUUCCAUCCAGCCCUCCCCCUCAUCGUUUCUGGGGCUGAUGAUCGUCUUGUAAAGUUGUGGAGAAUGAAUGAGUCGAAGGCCUGGGAAGUAGACACUUGCAGAGGCCACUACAACAAUGUGUCUUGCGUACUCUUUCAUCCACGUCAGGAGUAUAUCCUGUCCAACUCGGAAGAUAAAUCCAUUCGAGUGUGGGACAUGUCGAAGCGAACCUGUUUACAUACAUUCCGCCGAGAGCACGACAGAUUUUGGGUCCUCUGUGCUCACCCCUCAUUGAAUUUAUUUGCUGCUGGCCACGAUUCCGGGAUGAUAAUUUUCAAGUUGGAAAGGGAACGGCCUGCAUACGCAGUUCAUGGAAAUCUGAUUUACUACGUCAAGGAGCGGUACUUGCGACGUUUAGAUCUUACUACAGCUAAGGAUUGUGCAAUUAUGCAGUUGAGAGGUGGUACUCGUGCACCAGUGUACAGCAUGUCUUACAAUCCUGCGGAGAAUUCUGUGCUUUUGACUACUCGAACAACGAUGGACAACAGUACUUAUGAACUUUACAUGGUCCCAACUGAGACUGAUCCGCAAAAUCCAGAUGCUCCCGACUGUAAAAAGUCUUCCGGUAUGACGGCAAUUUGGGUGGCAAGAAAUCGGUUUGCUGUUUUAGAUCGUAAUCAAACGUUGGCAAUCAAAAAUUUGAAAAAUGAAGUGAGCAAGAAAAUUCAGGCUCCCAACUGUGACGAAAUAUUUUUCGCCGGAACAGGAAUGCUACUCUUGAGAGAACCUGAAUCAUUGACCCUAUUUGAUGUUCAGCAGAAACGGGUUUUAGCUGAAGUAAAAGUUGCCAAAGUUCGCUAUGUCAUAUGGUCAGGUGACAUGGCAUACGUCGCAUUGUUGGCGAAGCGUUGUAUCACCCUUUGCAACCGCAAGUUGGAGAUUUUGUGCUCCCUACACGAGAGUACUCAUGUAAAGUCGGGUGCUUGGGAAGAUUGCGGCGUCUUCAUUUACACAACCAGCAAUCACAUUAAAUAUGCCAUUACCAACGGUGAUAGUGGAAUCAUUAGGACUCUUGACCUACCGAUUUACAUUACCAAGGUGAAGAACCAGCAAGUCUAUUGCCUCGACAGGGAUGCCAAAGCCAGAAUUUUGACUGUUGAUCCCACAGAGUAUCGUUUCAAAUUGGCUCUCAUCAAUAGAAAAUAUGACGAGGUUCUCUACAUGGUUCGCAAUGCAAAAUUAGUAGGCCAGUCGAUCAUCGCCUAUCUCCAAAAGAAAGGGUAUCCUGAAGUUGCCUUGCAUUUUGUAAAAGAUGAAAAGACACGAUUUGGACUUGCACUGGAAUGUGGGAAUAUCGAAAUUGCUCUCGAGGCAGCAAAAUCUCUGGAUGAUAAAACAUGCUGGGAAAAACUCGGAGAGGUGGCACUACUUCAAGGAAAUCACCAGGUGGUUGAAAUGUGCUAUCAACGAACCAAGAGAUUUGACAAGUUGUCAUUUUUGUAUCUCAUCACUGGAAAUCUUGAAAAACUAAGAAAAAUGAUGAAAAUUUCUGAAAUACGAAAAGACGCUUCUGGUCAUUAUCAAGAUGCAUUGUUGUUGGGCGAUGUUGGGGAAAGGAUCAAGGUGCUAAAGAACUUAAACCUACAUACGCUGGCAUAUUUGACUGCUGUCAGUCAUGGAUUUGUCGAUGAAGCAACAAGCAUUCAAGAAUUGGUUGGUCCUGAAAACCUCUCUGGCAUAACUCCAGAUCCGAAUGCCGUAAUCAUUGAACCGUCGUAUCCAAUAACGGUUAGUGAGUCGAAUUGGCCUCUCCUCACAGUUUCAAAGAGUUUAUUUGAAGGAGCUGCUUUAGCCAAAACAAAACCAACGUUAGUCCAAAGUUCUGGUUUGGUCAACGAGGAGCAUGACGUACAGGCUGGUGGCCUUUGGGGUGAUGACGACAUGCCACUAGACGAUGAAGAUGCAAUGCUCAAGGAUGAGAAUGACAUUGGUGAUGAAGAAGGAGGUGGCUGGGAUGGAGAUGAAGUUGAGCUUCCACUGGACGCCGAGGUACCAGCCGGUACUGGCGACGAAGGCUUCUUCGUGGCUCCGACUAAAGGCACACCAAUGCCUCAGCAAUGGACCAACAUGUCCAAGCUGGUUGUCGAUCACGUUCUAGCAGGAAGUUUUGAAUCGGCUGCUAGGCUCCUUAAUGAGCAAAUUGGUGUCAUUGAAAUUCGGCCCUUCAAGUCACUUUUUAAUUCUACUUUUUCUCGUGCCAGAGCAGCCUACACAGCACUUCCAAAUAUGCCUACCCUCUACUUGUACCCACUUAGAAAUUGGAAAGAUCAAAAAGCACCACUGCCAGCCAUUGGAUUGCACAUAUCCGAUCUUAUUACCCGUCUCCAGAACUGCUAUCAAUUGACAACAAUGGGGAAAUUUGUGGAAGCAUUAGAAAAGUUUCGGUCUCUCCUCUACAGCAUUCCUUUACUCGUAGUUGAGAAUAAACCCGAUGUAACCCGUGCUCAAGAAUUGGUGUCACUAUGUCGAGAAUAUAUUCUUGGCCUUGAGAUGGAGCUGUACCGGAAAGAUUUGCCCAAAGAAAAUUUGGACGCACAGAAAAGGAGUUGCGAAUUGGCCGCAUAUUUCACCCAUUGCAGUUUAGACCCCGUCCAUCUCAUCCUUACUCUUCGCACAGCUAUGAAUCUUCACUUCAAAUUAAAGAACUACAGGUUUGCAGCAUCAUUUGCGAAGAGAUUAUUGGAACUCGGACCCAAGCCUGACAUGGCUCAACAGACGAGAAAACUUCUCGCCGUCUGUGAUAAGAAUCCUUCAAACGAGCACCAAAUCAAGUAUGAUGAGCACAACCCAUUCAAUGUAUGCUCCAAAACAUACGAACCUAUUUACCGAGGAAAGCCUGAGAUUAAGUGCCCGUUCUGCAAUGCAUCAUACAUCCCAUCCUGUGCAGGCGAGCUUUGCAGGAUUUGCCUGGUGUCGGAAGUAGGAAAAGAUGUCAUUGGUCUUCGCAUUAGUCCACUGCAGUUCCGCUAACAACAACUUAUCCUAGUUGUUGACCUCCCAUCAUCAGUUAUUACUAUUGCUAAGCUGUUAUAUAUACAACUAUUAUCAUGAUUCUAAUUCACGCCACUAUUCUAUUUCAAAUUAAAAUUGUGUAGUAUUUAUUUGCUAUUAUGAAACAUUUGAAUCACAAGAUUUUAAAACUGUAUUUAAUUUGCAAUUCAAUGUAUACUUUUGUUUGUUUUACAAGGGAAUUAGAAUAUUAUUCUUUCACUGAUACUACACUACACUACACUAUACCGUGUAAUAAAUAUAUCGUAACUCUAAUCAGCAUCACUUCAGGGCCUUGUUUGUCUAGCUAUUAAACAAAUAAUAAUAAAUGUUUAGUAACAAACACUUGUUCUCAAGCAA